AUGGGUUUGGUAGCUUUGGUUGAACAGCUUACAAAGUAUAGAAGCUUUCCCAAAGGAACAUGGCAUGAAGGUUGGGCUACACUGAAUAACAUUCUUUCAUCAGGAAUGAAAAUUGAUUAUUUCCAACAUUAUAUUAAUGAACAUGACUUGCUGAGAAUAAAAAUACUGGAGACAUUCAAUAAUUGCGACGGCUGA